AUGGCUGCCAACGAAUACUACCAUGCGAACAUCCCUAAUCCACCCAGUUACGAUCAAGUAACGGGUGGGCACAGCGGACAAACAUCCCAUCUCAACACCAAUACCCCUGGCUACGGCUUCCAAGGCCACAGUCCCGUGAGCCAGAUCAGCCACCACGACGACCCAUCCACCCCCUAUCACAACCGCGAAAGUCAACAUUCACUACAAUCGGAUAAUGGAGCAUACCCGACCGCCGGGAGAGUCGCAGGCGGCGACCACUACGCAGAGAAUAUCCCGCUAAAGGCGCAGACGCAGUUUGGACAGAACCCGGAAUGGAUGCACCAACAGACACAGUAUCCGCCUCCGUCGCCAGGGGCUUUGGAGGACCGGCGACGGAGGGAUGAUCGGAAUAAGAAAGGCUUUUUCCGGAAGAAGCCUGCGUGGGUGACUUGGACCUUGACAUUGGCGCAGGUUAUCGUGUUUAUCGUGGAAUUGGUGAAAAAUGGCACUUUGACCGGAUCGCCAAUCGAGACCAAGCCCUCAUUCAACCCCAUGAUCGGUCCAUCACCAUAUAUCCAAAUCUACAUGGGCGCCCGCUAUGAUCCCUGCAUGAAGAACAUUCCCGGUGUCCAGAAUUCAAGUGUCCCCAUCGGUUGGCCUUGUCCCAAUUCCACUACCACCACAGGGGACUGUACCCUCUCAGACUUAUGUGGAUUUGGCGGCGUGCCGAACCCCAAGGUUGGUGGCUCGAUCGAUGACAAGCCCGCCCCGAACCAGUGGUACCGGUUCAUCAUCCCCAUCUUUCUGCACGGCGGCUUCAUCCACAUUGGUUUCAAUCUGUUGGUGCAACUAACCAUGGGCGCGGACAUGGAGCGCAUGAUCGGAAUUUGGCGGUACACCCUGACUUAUUUCGCCAGCGGGAUCUUCGGUUAUGUCUUUGGUGGAAACUAUGCCUCGCAACUCCAACCAAGUACUGGGUGUUCUGGUGCGCUAUUCGGUAUCCUCGCCCUCUUCCUACUGGACCUGUUGUACGACUGGCCCCAGCGGGAAUCGCCGUGGGUGGAAUUGAUUAUCAUGGUUCUCGGGGUAGCCGUUUCAUUUGUGCUCGGCCUGCUCCCAGGCCUGGACAAUUUCUCCCAUAUUGGCGGUUUCAUUAUGGGUCUGGCCAUGGGCUUGUCUCUCCUGCGCUCGCCCAAUGCCCUGCGCGAGCGGAUCGGGCUCACUCGCCAGCCCUACGUCGCCAUGAGCGGCGGUGCUGGGGUCGACCCCGCCGACAAGCGGAAAACCUCCUCCGUUAUGGACUUUUUCAAGGGCAAGGGCAGCAUGGUCUCGUCCACUGGUGGAGAGAGCGGAGCUAAGGGCCCUCUCGGUUUCUUUAAGGGCCGCAAGCCUCUGUGGUGGGCCUGGUGGCUGGUGCGCGCCGGUGCGCUGGUCGCGGUGCUCAUUGGAUUCAUUCUGUUGAUUAUUGAUUUCUACAAAUACCCUUCAUCGAAUUGCUCCUGGUGCUAUCGGUUGAGUUGUCUGCCCGUCAACGGCUGGUGCGACCAGGAUACCCUGCAGAGUUCCGAGACCACCACCACUAGCAAUUAG